GUUGGCUUCACCCUGCUUACGUCUAUCCUCCCAUGCACAACUGAAAUGCAAAGGCAGCUGCAAUAACCUUAUACUUUUAGACUUAACCCAUCAUUUGGGGGAAGCAUUACAUCGACAUAUCUACUCUUGUAAAACUAAAGUGUACACUUAUUUCGGACAUGCCCAACAUCGUGCUUUUCAGUGGGAGCUCCCACCACGAUUUAUCACAGAAAGUAGCAGAUCGACUCGGACUGGAAUUGGGAAAAGUGAUAACGAAGAAAUUCAGCAAUCAAGAAACAUGCGUGGAGAUCGGGGAGAGCGUGCGCGGCGAGGACGUGUACAUCGUGCAGAGCGGCUGCGGGGAGAUCAACGACAACCUGAUGGAGCUGCUCAUCAUGAUCAAUGCCUGCAAGAUCGCCUCCUCGUCCCGGGUCACCGCCGUCAUCCCCUGCUUCCCUUAUGCCCGACAGGACAAGAAAGACAAGAGUCGUGCUCCCAUCUCGGCCAAGCUCGUGGCCAACAUGCUGUCUGUGGCCGGAGCUGACCACAUCAUCACCAUGGACCUCCACGCCUCACAGAUUCAGGGAUUCUUUGACAUCGCCGUGGACAACCUGUAUGCGGAGCCGGCCGUCCUCCAGUGGAUCCGGGAGAACAUUCCAGAGUGGAAAAACUGCAUCAUUGUAUCUCCAGAUGCAGGUGGAGCCAAACGUGUUACAUCCAUCGCCGACCGUCUGAAUGUGGAGUUUGCCCUCAUCCACAAGGAGAGGAAGAAGGCCAACGAGGUGGACCGCAUGGUCCUGGUGGGGGACGUGAAGGACCGCGUGGCCAUCCUGGUGGACGACAUGGCCGACACCUGCGGCACCAUCUGCCAUGCCGCCGACAAGCUCAUCGAUGCCGGAGCCAUAAAGGUCUACGCCAUCCUCACGCACGGCAUAUUCUCGGGGCCGGCCAUCUCGCGCAUCAACAACGCCCCCUUUGAGGCUGUGGUCGUGACCAACACCAUCCCCCAGGAAGAGAAGAUGAAGUCCUGUCCCAAGAUACAGGUGAUAGAUAUAUCCAUGAUCCUGGCUGAGGCCAUCCGGAGGACCCACAAUGGCGAGUCUGUAUCCUACCUCUUCAGCCACGUGCCCUUGUGAAGAAUCAGAGGCAGGAGACAGCCGAAGGUCACGUGACCUCUCACUUCUAAGUCCAAUCAGCCCACAACUUCAGCCACAAGUAUUCAGAAGUCCUUCAAUCCGGACACUUUUUCGGGCCAUUUGCACGUGGCCAGCGCUGAAAGGUCACGCCACACAAUCAACCUCGGACAUUCCAUACCAAAAGACACAAUAAAUGUCUUCGAAGACCAACAAGUUUUCAUUUAAUGUGUACCGUGUUAGUUUAUGUUCUAGCAUUGUAUUGUUUUCCAGCACGUGUUUUGCAAGCCUUGAGACAUCCAGGGCGUGGUUGUCACUUUAACCAAAAGGUCUGUUGCCUUGUCAUGUUCCUUUGAUUGUAGAUCAUGUUGUCCACGUCGUCGUAAAUGAAGCUGGCCAUCUGUGUCGCCAUCAUUGAUUUUCCCCUCUGUCGGCUCUGUCCUGUGAGAUGGAUUACUCUUGUUCAGCGAUGCACCUAUGUCCUCAAGGUUUGCUCUUUUGCCACUAAAUACCAGGAGUAUUCAAACUAGGUUACUAGGUUCAGAGAGCUGCCAUAUGCAGCUGAAAGUCAGACAAAAGUCAAAUAAUGCAAUAUUGCAUUUAGAGUAUGUGCUUCUCCUUACUAUGUAUUCACGGAUAUAUGAAUAUACUGCAGGGUUUAGAGGGAAAAGGAAAAGGCUUUUCAUCAACGGCUGAAUGUAAAUCUCGCUGAUGUGGCACUUCUCCCGGGGACUGUAAAUUCUUAAACUUUUGCUACAUGUUCUGCAACCUUUUUAGUUUUGAGCCAUGGAUUUAUUUUAUUUUAACACGAGUAACACAUUUCUUCGUCAUGUCACCUCACCAAACUUUUCCCUGGCGUUUCAGACCCCCCUAGUGUUAGGAGGCACCCACUGCAACAUUCCCCCCUGUUUUGAUUCAUCAUCCUUUUCCUUGAUGAAGAUAAAGAAAUAUCCACUGAUUGUUACUUACCUUUAAUAUUACUGUUUAAGUUACAUUUUCUUUUAGAAUGUUUAUGGUUGUACAUCCCAAAAGGUCAUGAAUAUGUUUUAAGUCUUAAUAUUUGUCUUCUUGGUUUAGUAGUUAUAUUUCACUGAUGUAUUGAGGGGAUAGUGAACAUAUAAAAGCUUAAGUUAAUUCUCGCAAUGUCAUAAUGUUCUGUGAUGUGUCAUUGCUGUUUAUUUUCCCUUAAAUGAAUCUUAACGGUUUAGCUUAGAGAGAAAUGGUUGGCAUGAAGCCACUUUUUUUUUUACAUUAUCAUUGACAAUAAAGCUUUGGCAAUGACUUACUCA